CAAGAACACAGAGAAAAAUAGAUGAUAAUUAGGAUAAAAAGUGAGAGAAAUAACGAUACCCAAUCAAUACUUGAUGGCCGAAUGGUAUAGCCUCAUGAAAGACAUUCCCUUUAACGACCUUCAAAUAACACCACAUAAAGAUGGAGAAAAAACCAAUUGACUUAUGCUAAUUAAGGCAAACACUCUUCCCCGAAAAUCAGCUCGUUAAUGAUACCUUGAGUUUGCAAUCAGCACAAAUGAGGAGCGUAUGUAAAGAGAUUUCGGCUAAUUGCUUCGACGAGAAUCGCAUCUGACGCAGUGCGAGUUGGUCCGCCGUCGUCAGCGCUGCCGCUUUGGACAUGGGCGCCUUCGCCUUCUUCCUCCUGGCCGCCAGUGCCACCCUCGCCUUGGGCGCCGGCAGACAGCCAAGUCGUUCUGCGUCGCCCGAUACUUUCGUCCAGCUGAGAACAACCAAGGGGAAAUGUGGAGGCGAUGCCGUCCUCGCAGACGGACAAACGGUUAAAAUUGAAGGCGGUCGCAGGAUCUGGAAGAACAGAUUGUGUUCGUGGUCGGUGUCGGGUACAGAUCCCGGCACAACCUUCGAGGUCCGGUGCCCUGUUUUCGACCUUCCUUGGAGCGAGGGAUGCAAAACGUCCAGGCUGAUGGUAGGAGAUGGCACAGGAAACUCUGAGACGCUCUGCGGCCGCGGAGGAAAGCAUCUGAUCCUGAAAUCAAACAGAAUGUGGGCUUCGUUUCUGCACCGCAAGAGGAGGAGGGCCAAGGGAUUCCAGUGCACGGUGACGGCUGUGCGAGGCAACAAAAUACCAGCCUUGAUUCAUGGCGCUGUUGGCCCACAUCUGCCAGCGACAGCAGAUGAAAAGCCCAAGGGAAAAGACCCCGACUUUAGCUCUGAUCCCACGCCAGGGACAUCGUGUGAGUGCGGCGUCCGAGGCAAUGACACGCUCCAGUAUCCUUGGUUAGCGAACAUCAAGUUAAAUUACGACGAUAACAAUAGCUUCGCGGUGACCACCAUCUCUCCCUACUACAGCGGGGCGGUCAUCAACAGCAGGUACAUCCUCACAGCAGCCAAAUGCGAGACCAAUGAGACCAGCAUUCCCUGGGAAGCCUUGGAAGUCGGCCUCGGGAACUACGACGUGCCAAUUGAAGGCCUCGUUGGCACUGAGCAGGUGUUCCAUGUGGAGGAAGUCAUCAGUCAUCCCUGUGAGCCUGACCAGGAAAUGGGCAUCGCUCUCCUUAAGAUUCGUGAGGAAAUUAACAUUACGAAGUAUACGCCUGUCUGUCUGUUUAGCGAUCCGGAUGAAAACCUCAUAGGCACGACCGGCCUAAUGAUUGGGCAGGACUUCUUGACGGGGCUUUGGGACCAGGAAGUGCCCAUUGUCAGUUCUACGAAAUGCCAGAGCUCAGAGACGUUUUGCGCUGACUUCGGCUUUAGCGAAGUGCCCACAUGCCUUGGGGACAUAGGUGGCCCGUUGCACGUCGAGGAGGAGGCGAAGUUCUUCCAGACGGGCAUUGCCAUCUACGGAUAUGACUGCGAGUCGGUGAGGCCUUAUGCAAGCGUUGCUCACCAUUACGAGUGGAUCAUCAGCAACACCGCCGACGCUCUGUCCUGCGGGGACGUCGCUGGGAGGUCGCUUCUGUGAUGGACGAAAGGGAAAGUUAAACGCAAUAAGAACAUGUCAAAAUAUAAAUAAGAUGAUUUGGACAUGAUACGGACUCGAAGAGAUGCCACGAAAACAUUGCAAAAGCAAACCAAGAACAUCACAUGAAACUGCCGCUGCUUUUUAUUGUGAUUUCUCGAGAACUCGAAUAAGAGCUUGAUGGACGUAGAUUGUCCUAUGAUAAUUAAAUUUAUAAACAUUUAUGUUUAGAAUUUUAUUUAAUCAAAGAAAUAUUAAUAAGCAAUUGAU